UACUGCUACUCUAAUGAACAAACGAGGGAGCCGUUUCAUAGAAUAAAGCCAUCAAAUACUACUAUUAUUGCAUAACCUAUUUUGUAAGGUAUUCUAGGUAUACCGCAUAGGCAUUUCUUCAACUUACUUUUAUAUUAGGACUGGUUACUGAAAAUUAAACUAUGUAAGAAAUAAGUCAAAUCAGAACUGAAUGUUGAGCACUGAAACCUGGUAGAGGAAACACCAUGGCUAACCGAUUGUACCUGAGGAAGAUAUUGAGAAUCAUUCGUGUCAGCCAUCAAGCUGUUGUGAAUCUAAGCACCGGAAUCAAUUCCAAUGUAGCCCAUCAAAUUCAGAGAAAACCUCAACUGAGAUGUCUUAUGACAACCCCAAAUCUUCAGCAUGGGGAAUAUGAGUGGCAGGACCCUAAGUCAGAAGAUGAAGUCGUUAACAUUGUAUUUAUAGAUCGUGAAGGAAAUAAAAUUCCUGUCAGAGGGAAGGUUGGAGAUAAUGUCUUAUAUCUUGCUCAGCGCUAUGGAGUUGCAAUGGAAGGUGCGUGUGAAGCGUCACUAGCUUGUAGCACCUGCCAUGUCUAUGUAGAUGACGAGUUCUUUGAUAAACUCCCAGAACCUGUAGAGGAAGAGGAAGACAUGCUGGAUUUAGCAACAUUUUUAAGAAAUAACUCAAGAUUGGGCUGUCAGAUCAUCCUUACAAAAGAACUCGAGGGCCUGACAUUAACGCUGCCUCAGGCAACUCGUAACUUUUAUGUGGAUGGACAUGUUCCAAAGCCACACUAAAUAUUGUAAUUGAAUCACUUAUCUCAGUAAAAUAUUCAUUAGACGGGUAAAUCUGGUAUCUCAAAUUUGUUUGUUCGAUGUAUUGCUCCUCUUUUAGUUUUUUUUUUUUUUCAAAUUAAAGUAAAGUAGGUUUGCUUUGCAUAGUGAAGGUGGGAAAUCUGAAAUACAUUCUAAAGAAGAGUAAUGGCGAAUUGUAGUAAGGCUGCAGGAAGAACAAUAGCCAUGCAGUUUCAGGAUGAACUUGAAGGAUAACUUGAUUCUAUAUUUACUGUUUGUAGCUAUUACAGUGAAAAACAUAUACAGUAUAGAAGUAGAAUGAUACUAUAAUGCUCUCUUUAUCUGAUAUAUGUAUUUGAGCUCAAGUGAUGUUAGAACCUCUAUGUCAAAAUAAUUCCCCACCCUCUCAUAUAACUUUAAUUUAUAUAGGAAACUGAUUUAGUUUUUAAGGGAAGGAAAAUUGGUUGGUUCAUAUUGUGAUGAAGUAGUUGUCAUCUCUUAUCUUUUAUAUAGACAGCUGUUGGGAAUGGUAGAAACAUCUGUUUAGUUUGGUGGUAGAAUUUAAUGCUUGUUAUUUUGGGUAUGAUUCUGUACUUAGAUUUUUCAGUAAUUUUAUGCAAAGAUAUGUAAGGCAGCAGUUGUCGUCAUGGUGUGAAGGCAGAUUUUAUAGCUGCUUGUUUUCAUAUUUCUUUAAGGGGUGCACUGACUGCCAAAUUUCGAGGAAUUAUCAAAUUGUUGUUAUGAACAGUUUUCAACUGUUUCAAGAAAAAAAUGUUUAGAUUAACUUAUUGACAAUUUUGUGUAUCACUUGUAUAUGGCAGUGAAUGUCAAAUAGUCAAAAAUGUAAAAAGUCUGUAUGAAUAAAUCAAGUUUGAGUUAUGCACUGUUUUGGACUGUUUUAUGCAUAAAUAAACAUAUCUUGAAACAGUACAUAUUGCUAAAAAUAUUUUUAGAUUGGUUCAUGGACAAUUUUGUUCAUUGCUUUUAUGGCACUGAACAACAAAUUAUAAAAAGUCCUGUAAAAAGUGUCAACAAAAUUUAUACAUAAAUGAAUGUCACUCACUAAAGUAUCCCAUUCUCUCUAGCGGUAUUGUCAGAGAAAACAGGUUAUAAUGAUAUAGGGAUAACUUGAUCAAGAUGUCAUGAUUCUCUCAGAAUUCUUCAAAGUCCAAAAAUUUUAUUGUUUUUCUGUUUUCUCAAAACUUACUUUUUUCAAAAUUAAGUUCUUAUCUCUCCAAGAAGACAUCACCAAGUUCAAUUGAAAUUUACAGAGUGUAGUAUAUCUAUACAUAUAUCUUUAUUUUGUCGUCGGGAAAAUCACUUUUUUACAACUUUUAUAUUUGCAUAUUAUUUUUGAGAAGUGACAUGAUUUUUUCCACCUACAAAACUAAAGAACUUAAAGGUUGAAUUUCUAAAUUUCUCCGCAGGAGAAUUUUCUUUAUUAGUUGUAGAAUAAGUGGUAUAAAAUAUGAAGCAAAUCCUUUCAAUCAUAAGGUAGAAACAGCAAUUUACUUUAUAAUGGGGCCUUAUGGCAUCAGCGCUCCCCUUAAAUUUCCUUUUUCAUGGUUAUUACAUAAAUCGACUUGCCUACCUAAUAAAGACUAAUAAAGAAAAUAUGAGACUAUUUUUCUAUAACUGGGUAUGUGAAUUUUUUUGCACCAUAUGUAUUAUAAAUCAGUUGUUCUUGUAUGAAGCAAUGUUACAUGCCGUGUUCAAUGCUGUGAAACAUGAGACUGGUAAGCUUGACUUUUUUUUGCAAUGUCUAUGAUAUGUGCAUAGUAGUGCAGAAUAUUGCUGUUAUUGUUAUCCAGAUUACAUCACUCCAGCUUUGUUUCUGACAGGAAAUUGUAAUGCAUAUUAUGAUAGGCUUUAGUUCUUGGAAAUGGCACUGCUAGCAAAACAAUAUAAUUAUUGAUGGCUUUUAUUAAUUUGGAUUUCAGAAAACCAUGAUUAUGGAUGUGCGUAAAGGACCUUUCGUAUAGGGGCUGUUAAAAAUUGUAACUGUGAUCACAGAAUCAUUGUUAAUCUUUUGGAAUUUAAAAUUUAACCCUAAGGCUCAGUGCUUGGACCUGUGAGAUCAUUCUGUAGUCAUUCUGUAUUGAAAAGGAAAUUGAUGAUAAAAAAAGCCUUAGGUGUAAAUAGGAGGAAAAGUUCUCAGUUGCAUUAUGAAACAAUUACAAUUGGAACAAUGGAUGUAAGAAAGAGAAUAUCAACAGAGGUGUAGUAAAAGAAAUGAAAAGAGUUGCUGCUAGGGGCCAAAGUAACGCUGCAAAGAACCUUAAGUAAAGCCUACGGUGCGUGGUGUGGGUUGCACUGAUGGUACUACCCCACUACAGGGAUGAUUAAUCCAUAUGUGGAUUCUGUUGUAACUCUGACACCUUUGUGUAGCUAAUAACUGAAAUAGAAUUUUGAUAUGUUUUUCCACGGAGUCAAGUUGUUAUGAUAGCUGAAAGAUCAAAUAAUAUUUUUAAUGUUGCCAGUACCUUUUCUGAGGAUCUGGUUGUCUUUGCCUGUUAAGUUUUGAGCAGUGCGCAUGGAUUUGAAUAUUUUCCGCCCAUGUGAUGUUGCACUUAUUACAGCCCAUAUCGCUCUGUGCUCUGGCAACAUUUAUCUGAAGGAGAGAUCUGUAGAAUUUAGUAUAUUUUCAAUCAACACUUUGUGGAUCGCUUUUAUUUUUCGGUACUUGAGUAUGAUAUGAUCAUUAAAUUUGCUUGAAUUGCUUACAAAGAGAAUACUUUUACAGAUAGUUAUGUUUAAAUAUUAUCUCCCAAGAAUGAUAGUAUUAAACUGCAAAAAUAUUUAGCUGAAGAAAUAACUUUAGGUCUAUAAUGCGAGUUUUGUUGCAUCAUACUUCUUAAUGCUAUUGUAUAUUUGCAUUAGAUUAAUGUAUUUUUUAAAUAUAUAUUGUUUCCUAAUAUCCUACUUUAUUUUAUACAGAACACUUUAUGAUUUAAAAGUAAUGUAAAUGAUUUGAAAAAAUUGGUUUUGUUUAGUGUUGCCCCAUGUUUUAGUCAUGAAAAACAUGUUUCCUCCAGAUAUGAUGCUUCUUCUUGAAAAUAUAAUGUUUCUUAUGAGAUGUUUCUGAUAAUGAUAAUUAACCAAAAACGGUUAUCGAUGCUCACUUAUGAUUCUCAAUAAAAUAAUGUUUGUUGCAGUUAUGGUUGACGGAAUUUCAUUUUCCGUUUUCAAGGAAAAUGUAUCGAGCAAUGUUGCAUGAAUUACUCCGUAAUUGAUAUUUUGUUGAUGGUGUUAUUCGAGUUGAGGGUGAGAUACAUUGUAGUACAAUAAUAUAAAACAUUUUAACAAGUUAAGUAUGUGUAUAACCUGAUUGUUAUGUGCGUUUAAAAUAUAGACCUUUUUAAAUUGUGUAUAUAAUGUAAAUAAAGUAGUAAGGACUGAUUUGAUCUUCAAAGAAGAAAGGUUGAGGUGUUUAGGAAAAUAAAUUGUUCAUCACAUUA